GGGGUUAAGAUGGCCGACGCGGGCUCCUAACGGAGCGGCUCACCCUCACGUGGUAGUGACAGGGGCUGACACCCAGCCGACCGGGGCCGCUUCUGGCUGGCCCGGAAGCGUAUCACCCGCCAGUCUCCUAGCAGCCGCCGGGGCGGGCAGGGAGCCGCCCGCCGGAGCCCGCGGCGGCUGCCCCGGGGCUGAGCAGAGUAUUCCAGAGACCAUCUGUGACGGAUUUCAAGAUAGUUCUACUUAAUGAGGUUAUGGGAGAGAAGGAGCCAUGUCAGAAGGUGUUACUGAGACACGAUUUUCUCUGAAGACAGCAGCUUUGCGGGUAUUUCAUCUUCCCCUUUCUUGGUAUUACUCUCUUAACCAGAUAAAUCUUUCCCCUGGGUUAAAGAAGCUUUUUGCAGUAACAGCUGUGAGUGCAAUAUCUGUUCUCUUUCUGGCCCAUCAUUUUAAAAGAAGACGAGGAAAGAAAAACAAGAAAGUGCCACCAUGGGAACCAAGUCAUCUGGUAUUAGAGUGUGCCAAAGCAGCUGCUUCAGAAAAAGAUUCUAGUUGUUCCAGUAGUCGGCAGAACUUGACUCUUUCACUGAGCUCUACCAAGGAAAAAGGAUCUCAGUCUUGUCUCUAUGCAAAUGGGGGACUAUUCAGUAAAUACUCUGGUUCAGUCCAGAGUCUGGCCUCGGUUCAGAGUGCCACCUCUUGUCACAGUUGUGCUUGUGCCAAUUCUAAUUCAUGGGAUAAAACAGAUGAAGAUGAUAUCAAGAUAGUCAAUAUUCCAGUGACCACACCUGAAAAUUUAUAUUUGAUGGGUAUGGAGCUCUUUGAAGAAGCACUGCGUCGGUGGGAGCAGGCACUGACUUUUCGUAACAGGCAAGUUGAAGAUGAAGCAAGUUGUGGUUCCAUUAAGCUUGGAGCAGGAGAUGCAAUUGCAGAAGAAAGUGUAGAAGAUAUCAUUAGUGCUGAAUUCAUUCAUAAGCUUGAGUCCCUUCUUCAAAGAGCUUAUCGUCUUCAGGAGGAGUUUGAAGCCACCCUUGGGGCCUCUGAUCCUGCGUCUCUAGCUGAUAUUGAUAAAAAUACAGACGUUACUGUAAAGGAUAAUACGGAUGAUUUCUGCCUACGAGAUACAUUAAGCAUUGCAUCAACAGACUCCUUUGUCUCCACAGCUGAGCUCACAGAGAACAGGGAGAUUCGGAAUACAUACGGUCUAGAUUCCCUUUGCCAUUGCCCAUUGUAUGAAGAAGCUAUGCACCUAGCAGAAGAAGGCAAAAUUUAUUCCCGAGUGUUAAGGACUGAAAUGUUUGAAUGUCUAGGAGACAGUGACUUCCUUGCUAAGCUUCAUUGUAUUCGACAAGCUUUUCAGAUAAUUCUGUCAGAAACAGCAAACAGAGUAUUUCUUGCUGAGUGGAAGAAAAAUUUUGUCUGCUUAAUUGUGAGAGCACGAAAGAACCCAAAGAAAUUUGAAGAUGUCUUUGAUGAAAUGAUACAUUUUUUGGAACAAACAGAUCACUGGGAUAAUACUGAAAUGGAACUUGCUGCUAGAGGAGUGAAAAACCUGAAUUUUUAUGAUGUUGUUCUGGACUUCAUUUUAAUGGAUUCAUUUGAAGAUUUAGAAAAUCCACCAAUAUCUAUACAGAAUGUAGUAAAUAACCGUUGGCUAAAUUCAUCUUUUAAAGAAACAGCUGUGGCUUCAAGCUGUUGGUCAGUACUGAAGCAGAAAAGACAGCAAAUGAAGGUACCUGAUGGAUUUUUUGCACAUUUCUAUGCUGUAUGUGAACAUAUCAGCCCUGUUUUGGCAUGGGGCUUUUUGGGCCCUAGAAAUUCCCUUUAUGACCUAUGCUGCUUCUUCAAGGAUCAAGUGCUUUUCUUCCUCAAAGACAUUUUUGAUUUUGAGAAGGUGAGAUACUCAACUAUGGAGAGUUUGGCUGAAGAUCUUAUGCAAUUAUUAAUCAGACACACUGAACUUUUAAUGGCCUAUCUUGGAGCAGAUUCCCUCAGACACGUUGGUGCUUGUGUGAGUGGUCACGGGCACGUCAUGACCAGUGGGCUCUUAGAAGCAAAAGUGCAGUAGGGUUCCAAUCCAUGACAAAUGAAACGGAGUGCACUUUGAUGUGCUCCUUCCCACCUUUCCCUCUAAUCCCAAAGCUAUCAGUGCUGUUACUGAGCAAGCAUCUGAAAAUGUAUUGACACUAAGCAUGGAAAAGGACUCAGGGAGGUUAAAUGUACAUCUGAGAAAAGAACUGGUAAGCAUACUACUGUAUAUACCUAAAUUAAAUUUGCAGCUCAGCUGUCACUGUAUUUAUACUUAAUGUAUCCCAAAGCUUUUUUCUGUAAUAUUUGGGUAAAGCUUAUUUAUGAAAUACUGUACUUUUGCACAGAUAACUUGUAAGUAAAGCUGCUGGACCUGUUUCUUUUAAAGGCUUAUAGUAUGAAAUGCUCAUUUACAGUCUCCAAAUCAUUGAGUGUCUAGUUCUAGGUGGUUUGACUGUGGUGAAUGCAGCCUCUGAUUCACAUGACACGUGCAAUAAGGUAAUCACACUCACAAAACUGAACGUCUUGACACUGCCCUGAAGUUACAUUUGUGUGAGUGUAAGCAGUUGUUUUGUAGUAUGGUGUAAUAGAGUGAUGCAGAAAAUGUGGGCACCGUUUGGGCAGGAAUGACUUACUGUAUGCAUUUUUUACUUUAUUUUGUUUUAAAGUCUUUAAACAUCAUGAAGGUGUUUGAGAGCACUUAUUUAUAUUAAGAAAGCUAUGCUAGCUUCAUCAAUUAAUUUAAAACUUUUUUCUAAAACUGUUACUACUUUAUAUGGUGGUGGUAAAUAAACUAAUACCACGCUCCACUCAUAUGUAGCAUUUCAAAAUAUAUUUUUAAAUAAGGAUGUAUGAUGAGAAUUGUUAAUCAUGGCAGAGGGUCAAAAGCAGUGUUUUAUAAUUAAAAGCAUUUUUGUCUUCCUUCCUUGUAGGAAGUCAGGUGUCUAUUUAAGAGGAAAUUUAAGCAGUUGUGGCCAUCUAUGUAUAAUGCAAAACUGUGACUCAGGAUAUGGAACCUUGAACUUUAGAUAGGAGCUCAGCUUAAGGGAACUUGCAGUGACUUUUUUUCUGUGAUAGAGGUAAUAAAUAAUAAUGAUCUCUAAUAUCUGAAUUUCUGUAAACUAAAAUGAUGUUUCAUAGUUUGCUUGGACCUUUAAACUACACUUGAAUAUGCUUUGCCACCAAAAGAAUCUAUCCUGUGUCAAGUAAUACAGAGCAAGUAAUGACAGAGUAAUUCUGUAUAUUCAGAUACUUGAGAAGCACGUUGUUAAAAUCUACCAUAUUAAAACAAACAUCGAUUAGAAAUGUUUCAACAUUUGUUGCAAAUACAAGCCCAACCAAUGUAUUUGAAAAGGAGUGUAAUUUCAUAGAUUUUACUCAAGCCGACAUUUUAAUAUUUUGCUCCUUUGUUGUACUCAUUUGAUUAAUAUUAAAAAUUAUGAAUAUGUGUCAUGAGUUGUGUGAAACGCCAACUGAUUAUUAAAAAAAAAAAAAAAGUAUACUUCUAUGUGUAAUAAAACAGAAAUUCCAAAUGCUGGUGUUGGCCUAUUUCUACCAUUCAAGUUGCUGAACUUGGCACCAUGCUCCAUUCUGUACUUUUUUUUUUCCUCCUCAAAGUAUGUCUCCAACACCAGAAUGUGAAGUUUUUUUCACUCGUGUUGCUUAGCUUAAACAUACUUUUCUCCCCUGAUCACACUGCUCAGAAGUAUCUGUAUUUUGACAGCAUUUUCCUAAGUCGAUGAAUGAAAUUACAUGGAACAGUUAAGGUGCCUCCUUGGAUUCAGCAUCAAUAGGAAGAGAAGUAACAGAGUACAUGGCAUGUUCCACAGCAAGGUCAAAGGAACCUGUCUGGGGUGGUUUGUCUGGUCUCAUAACAUGACAUGAAGAAAAUAACACCUUUAGAUUCAUCACAGAAAGACAGAAAUGCACUUUUUCACUGAAAUCAGUGUAUAUUUAAGUGAGCAAUUUUCAGAUUAUUUGUAAAGAGCUCUUGAAGAAAGUGCAGUAGAGUUGCACAUGAGAUUAUAAAUGCUUCCAGGUAAUCUAGAAGUCAAUUUUCUGUCUGAUCAUCCAAAAGGAUUUCUCUUAAAAACCAAAAUAUUGGAAAAUGGAUAACAACCUGAAAAUAUCUGUCUUAAACAAAUAUAUCCCUUUACAUCAGGAGCAUUUCUAUGGACUCAUGGAGCUCUCAAAAGCCCCUUGGAUUGGAAAUUGGACAUAAAGAUUUCCCCUCCAAAAUAAAGAAUUAUGGUGUCUGGUUGCUGUAAGAUUCCACCAACAAAUAUUUGAAUCAGAAACAGUUGA